AACAGACUAAAGUCAGCUGUUAUGGCAUGUAAGUUCGUGCACUGAGUUAAGCACUGAUCGCUCUUUUGCAGUAUAACAAUUACAAAGUUAGAUAGAAAGUCGACACCGUAGCGGUCCGUCGAUUCUGUGUGUCCGUAUACUUUCCGGUCCGCCUGUGCGACGUUCUUUCCGUUCCGACCCUUUUAGCGCUCCGCCCGGUGCCUUGUCGACUCUGUGGCCCACGUGUGGAUUUAAGUCGAUUUUCUCCCUAAAGUUUUCUCUAAAAGUUCGGACCAAAUGUCGUCGUCUUUCGAGCAGAUGCGGGCGAACGUGGGCAAGCUCCUGCGAGGAAUCGACAGGUACAACCCGGAAAACCUGGCGACGCUGGAGCGCUACGUGGAGACACAAGCCAGAGAAAACGCCUACGACCUGGAGGCCAACCUGGCUGUCCUGAAGCUGUACCAGUUCAACCCCGCGUACUUCCAGACCCACGUGACGUCUCAGAUUCUGCUCAAAGCUCUGACCAACCUGCCGCACACCGACUUCACCCUCUGCAAGUGCAUGAUCGACCAGACUCACCAGCAAGAGGAGCGUCCUAUCAGACAGAUCCUCUACCUGGGGAACCUGCUGGAGACGUGCCACUUCCAGAGCUUCUGGACGAGUCUCGAGGAGAACCGAGAGCUCAUCGACGGCAUCACCGGAUUCGAGGACUCCGUUCGCAAGUUCAUCUGCCACGUGGUGGGCAUCACCUACCAGACCAUCGAGCGCCGGUUACUGGCUGAGAUGCUGGGAGACCCGCUGGACACGCAGGUGAAGGUCUGGAUGAACAAGUACGGCUGGACGGAGAACGAGGAAGGACAGAUCUUCAUCUUCAACCAGGAGGAGAGCGUCAAGCCCAAGAACAUCGUGGAGAAGAUCGACUUUGAGAGUGUAUCCAGCAUCAUGGCUACGUCUCAGUGAUGCACACACACGCACACACACACACACGCACACACCAGCGUGACAGAUUCUGACAGGUCAUUUGCUUUCACAAUCCAUUUUUCUCAAUAAAGGUAAUUUAUCAUUGACAGCC